AUGGCGGACGCUGAAGAUGGUUUGGAUAGUAUUCUUAGUGAGGUGGAACUAGAUGCAGACUAUUUUCCUGCUGAUAGCGUGCAAUCUUACUUUGAAAUGGCGGAAGCAGUAGUUGCACCACUUCCAUUGGAAAGCAUUGAUGUCAAUCGUCACAGAGAAGAAUCAGCACCACCACAACGUCAGAACAGGCAUCAGCUAGAUGUUUCCGAAGCUACUGACCAUAUCAUAACUACGAGCAGCCUUUCAGAUGAUCACAUACUAUUUAUAUAUCGCGGGGAAGAAGACGGGAGUGUUCCAGAAGAUGUCACACAUGUUCAAAUUGAAGAGGGCACAAGACAAAUUGCGGAGCAAGUCUUUAGAGACUGCAAUGAUUUGAUGUCCAUUGACCUCGAACGUAGUGGCAUUGAAUCGAUUGGAUACAUGAGUUUUGGAAGUUGUUGGUUGCUGGGUAACAUAACGCUUCCACAGACGUUGAGCAACAUUGGUCCAGCAGCUUUCUUUGACUGUCACACUCUCACCGAUAUCAGUCUCCCCUUCGGUCUCCGAACAAUAUCAAGAUAUACUUUUGUCGAUUGCAGUUCUUUGCGAAACGUAAAACUAUCACCUGCGCUCAAUGUUAUUGGUGAGAAUGCCUUUGCGCACUGUAUUCAGCUGCAAUCGAUUGAACUUCCAGAGGGUGUCCAAGAGAUCCAGUCGGAAUCUUUUCGUGGCUGCAAGUCGCUGGUGCUAAUCGCGCUUCCAUCGACACUGGAACGGACCGGGGAGAAUAUCUUUCGCGGCGCCAAAUUGUUGCAAGAGAAACUAGGAGAGUCCAACGAUGACAUCAUUCGGGCCUUGACCUGCCGAUUCUCCAAGCUACCGCUUCAGCAAUGGUCCUAUUCUCAAGGAGUUGACCCAACAGUGUCAUCUUUGCAAAGUGUAUUAAAUGCUAUGUACUCGGAUGUCGCUGUGUUGGACGAUUGCAAGCACGUCGAUAUUUUCGGAAUGUCACCAUUUCAUGUGUUGGCCUUGGCCUUGUCUCCAAAGGCUGCCUUGUUUCAAGCAAUGAUGGAGCACAGUGACGCCCACAGCAGCCGACUGCUUGUCGAAAGAGACGACUUUGGAAAAACCGCGUUGGAAUAUCUCUGUCUAAAGAACACAAUGGAAGCACCAGAGGCAAUUCGUUACAUUCUUCAACGGAUCACUAGCACCAAGACAACCACAUGUCUUGGACUAGCACAAUGGAGACAGAAGAUAUGCCACCUGGCAAGCCUUUGUAGUGCCGAGGAUAUGGAUCGAGUGGUCCGACUGGAAAAUAUUCAAAUGGUGCAGGAAUCUUGGAGGCUCUACACAACCAUGGAGAAAAUUUCUAUUUUGGAGCAAGCGCUGUGGAAGGUAAAGAUGGCGAUCCUUCAAUGUAAUGGUGAUGAUAUGGAUUUGAAUGCUAUAGUUUUGAAUCGAGAGGCCAGCCGAAUCCAAUGUGGCGCGGACAUUGUCAUUCCGAAUGUACUGAGUUAUUGCAGCGGAGAGGAAUGA